AUGCCGCACCGGGACUGCCUCGGUGUGUUCCACGACGCGGGCCUGGCCGACCUGGACGGCUUCCUGGAGCUGGUGCGCCGAAUGAAGCGACCCUACGCGGUGCGCCUGGCCCGGGUGGAGCCCGGGCCCCCACAAGAAGACCCCAUGGUGCUGCGCUGCGACAACAACGUCGUGCUGCUGGGCCGGCUCGACACGCGUAUGCAGCCCGUCGUAGAGGGGUCUCUGGCCAGAGUGAUCUCGCACAGGCCCCUCAUGCGGUUCCUCUUCGUGUGGACGGGCGACGUGGUGGCGACCCGCGCCGUCCUGGACGCCACCAUGGCGGCCGUCUGGCGGCUGGGGCACCUCAACGUGCUCGCGCUGUCGGCGUCGCCGCGGGGCUCCGGAGAGCACGAGCUCUUCUCCUUCAACCCUUUCUGGCCGGAACGUUGCAACGACACCACCGCACUGCUGGUGGCCACCUGGACCGUCCAGUCGGGGAUCAACUUCGCCAGGAACAUCUCCGACUUGUUCCCGUUCGGGGGCGUGCAGGAGCUGGUGCACCUCAAGAUGGGGGGCUGCCCGUUCCGGGUGGCCAUCGCCAACGGCAGCAACUUCCUGACGGCCACCUUCGUGAACCAGUCCUGGCAUCUUUCCGGCGUGGGGGAAAAAAUUCUGAAGGCGUGCGCGAGUACCCUCCGGUUCCGCACCGAGCUGUUUAAGCCGAACUACGUCAACCGAACUCUGAGGUACUGGGAGGAGUACGAGGCGGCCCUCGGGUUGAGCGACAUGGCACUGUUCGCCGGCAUGAGGUACCAGAAAGGGCAGAUCGCCGGCUACCACGCUUACUGGUGCGUCACCUUCGCCGUGCCGUUGGGGUCAGAGGGGGCUCAGCCUGCCUAUUACAUGUUGACGGGGCCGUUCCAUCGCAGCGUGUGGGCGGCGAUCGCAGUGGCCGUGCUGAUGGCGGCGGUCGCGGCGAGGCUGCUGGUGGUCGCCAGCGGCGCCGGCGAGGCCCCGGUCCUCCGCACGACCCGCGGCCUGCUGCACCUCGUGCUGUCGCCGCUCGUCGAGCGGCCCCUGCACGCCGUGGCGAUGCCGCGCACCUCGGCGCUGCGCGUCUUCAUCAGCUCCUGGAUGUACCUCGGCCUGGUCCUCUCCACGGCCUACACGUCCGCGCUCAGGAGCCUUGUGCUGGCGCCGCCCUACGCACGCACUCUGUGGUCCACGACCGAACUGGCGGAGGCCGAUAUCACCGUGUUGUCCAACCGAAUCGGCCAGGAACUGCUGCGGCUUGCCGGCGAGACGGAUCCCCGGAUGCGGCGGGUGCUGCAGCGGUCCCGCAUCGGGGCACCCAAUGAGUUCGCGCGGCAAGUGGCCAACCCGACGAAGGUCAUCGUGGCGCGCCGCGACUGGAUGCUUGCGGAGCAGCGUGCUGCUAUUGGUCGCGCCGCGAGCCUAAAUGACUUGCUGAACGGGCCGGGCCGGUUGUACAUCUACCCCGACUACUGCCUGUCCCCGCACCACGCCUACCCCUUCCUGCUGCCGCCCAACUCCCCCCACGUCCUCGCGCUGCGCCGCGUGCUCAGGGCGCUGGCCGAGUCGGGGCUGGCACUGCACUGGCUGGAGAAGGACAAGUGGACGCCGCCGCCCAUGUUCACCAAGUACUUGGACACCAGGAGCAGGAGGGAGGUCCCUAUCAAGUUCAACCAAGUGCAGCCGGUGUUCAUCAUGUACUCGUACUGCCUAGCCGUCAUCGCGGUCCUCUUCACCGGGGAGCUCUUUGUGGCGUCGCUGUGGCGGCGGGAGCCGGCGGCGGCGUCGCUACCCCGCGCCUUGGCACAGCCUGCGGAGCGGGGGGGUCGAGUAUGA